CCCAGUCCCACACACGUUUAUCAGAGUGUUGUUGGAGCCUAGGUACAAGUUCCACUCAUGUAAUUCCAGCUGUUUGUGCGAGAUUGCACACAUGCAUUAAUGAGGCUAAAUAGAAGUGACUUUGCGCAAGGCUGAAUUCAUUCUCUAAGGUCCUGACAUCCAUAAAACUGCCAUUAAGUGUGGAUAAAAGCAGGAGCUCUUCUCGCCACACUUUUAUUGCAUGACUGACUGGGGAGAACUUUCAACGUACAAAGUGACUCACAAAAAGCAUUUUCUCUAUUUCUGCCUUGUUGCCUGAUCAAUUCAAUCACAGAAUAUGGCAACCAACAAACCAAUGCUUAUACAGAACAGCACAGCAUUAUGACUGGAUACACACAUUUUUGUUAACAUGGUUGGUGGAACAUUCAUGGAUUGAAUCAUCUGUCAUGAUGUCUACCAUAAAAAACUGGACAACCAAUAUAUCUGUGGAAAACUCUAUGUCUUACAUAGAAAAUGAUUUGUCGCUACCAACGGAAGCUGUGCUGUCUAGGACUGGACACACAGUCGUGGCAAUAUUCCUUGGAUUCAUACUUAUAUUUGGUUUUCUCAAUAAUUUUGUAGUGCUUAUACUUUUCUGCAAGUUCAAAACUCUGAGGACGCCAGUUAAUAUGAUGCUUUUGAACAUAAGUGCUAGUGACAUGCUGGUCUGUGUGUCUGGUACAACUCUCAGUUUUACAUCCAGUAUUAAAGGCAAAUGGAUCGGUGGAGAAUAUGGCUGCCAGUGGUAUGGCUUUGUCAACUCCUGCUUUGGAAUUGUUUCACUUAUCUCACUGGCUAUCCUCUCCUAUGAGCGUUACAGCACCCUAACCUUGUACAACAAAGGUGGUCCUAAUUUUAAGAAAGCACUGCUUGCUGUGGCUAGUUCCUGGCUAUAUUCCUUAGUCUGGACAGUGCCACCCCUUCUUGGAUGGAGCAGUUAUGGAAGGGAAGGAGCUGGAACAAGCUGUUCAGUACGCUGGACCUCAGAAUCUGUUGAGUCCGUUUCCUACAUCAUUUGUCUUUUCAUUUUCUGCCUGGCAUUGCCUGUGUUUGUAAUGUUAUACUGCUAUGGAAGACUUCUGUAUGCUGUAAAGCAGGUUGGAAAGAUCAGAAAGAUUGCUGCCCGUAAAAGAGAAUACCAUGUCCUGUUCAUGGUGAUCACAACAGUUAUCUGCUACUUACUUUGCUGGUUGCCAUAUGGAGUGGUGGCCUUGCUUGCUACAUUCGGAAGGCCAGGGGUGAUAUCUCCUGUUGCAAGUGUUGUCCCAUCAAUUUUGGCCAAGAGCAGUACUGUUUUCAACCCCAUUAUUUAUAUACUUAUGAAUAAGCAGUUCUACAAAUGCUUUCUUAUACUUUUUCACUGUCAUCCUACAUCAUCAGCUGAUGGGAAAUCUAUAUGUCAGUCGAAUUAUACAGUCAUCCAACUGAACCAAAAACUUAACAAUAUAGUGGCAAUCCCUGGACAGACUCAGAUACCUGAAAGUGUGGACAAGAUGCCUUGCAUUCAUAGACAAAACAACGAGUCACCAUCUGAUCAAAUGCCACAAUCUACAACAGAACAUUUAAUUUCAGGAACUUAAUAUAUUAUUGGAAUUAUUUGUUCUGCCUUCACAGCAGUUUAUGAGUAUAAGAAAACAAGAGGAGGCGGGAGUGUUCCUCACGCAGUUCAAACCAACAAAACGCACAGGGAAUGUAUCACCAGAAAUCUUUCACAAAUCUUCUAGCCUUCACAGGUAUCUGAAGAGACCAGCACUAAACACACAUUCCCUACCCUUUGAUAAAUGAAAUCAGAUGAGACGUGUUCCUAUAGGCACCCUGAUUGACAUAUGCCUGGAGUUUACAAAGGAGAAAAUGUACAAGGUGCAACACUUUGUGUUGACUGGUUCUUUUAUUUCAGGCACAAACAUAAUAUCACAAUCAGAGAUAGUUUGCAUUUAGAUGUAGAAAGCAGUUGUAAUUCAAGGCUUUUCCAUUUGGUGGUGUAUAAAGAAAGAUCUGUAUUUCAAACAGUGCACUGAUAUCUCAGGACACUUUCUGAGGAACACUAGCUUUCUAAUGAUAAUCUCCUUGUAAGCUGUAUAAACCCCUGUAUCUGUUUUGCAAAAUCUCACCUCUUUUUAUCUGGAGUGUCUAAAGAAGCAAUGAAUUGCACAGUAUUAUAGUUUUCUAACUAUGUAGAAGACAACAUUAAGGCACUGGAUUUAUGUAAAGUAACAGAACAGAAAUAUGAGAGACAUGAAAGGCCCUAAACUUUCCUGAUGUGUGUGUUGGUCUGAACUAGAAAAUAACACAUGCUUAAAAAUUACAGGAGCAGUGGACUUUCUAACCUAAACAGAUAUCUACAAUAUAAUAUACUAAUUAUAUCAAGAUAAUCCCACUUGCCUGUGGCAAAAUGAAUAGGAAACACAACUGAUAAAGAUGAAGCAAUGCUUGCUUUGAGGACUUUAUCUUCAAAUUCCAUACACACGACAGUAACUGAACUAACACUAAACGUCUGGAGCCAAAUGUACAAAAGUAACAGCUAGGUGUAGCCGUACAUAACCGACGCAGAGUGCUUGAAAAUGCUCCCACCAUGUGUUUGGUUAAUGAUCCAACCCACGUGUUAAACUUGUUGGGGUAUUACACUUAUGGUAAAUGUGACAAUUCUCAGGCUUUCUUUCCCAAGAUAAAAUGCAGAAGAACUGUUACACAACCUUA